GAUAACCACAACGGCGACGAUGACGAUGCACCCCUCCCCUUCCCUACUGAGCUGUCACGGCGGGACUUUCUCGCGCCCGGCUUCAAUGCCGCCAGCUACCUGUCCUCACUCUUCCCCGGCGGCGACGAGACGUCGCAGGGGCUAGGGCUAGGAACGCGGCACCAGACGCUUGAGGACUUGAGGACAGAGCUGAGGGAGAGAAGCUCGGCAAUCAGCGCAGAACUGCUAGAGCUGGUGAAUGCAAAUUAUACUUCGUUCCUGGGCCUCGGAGAUGAAUUGAAGGGCGGGGAGGAGAGGGUCGAGGAUGUGCGUGUCUCGCUGCUGGGGUUCCGCAGGCAGGUAGAGGAAAUCCAGGGGCGGGUGAGGGGGCGAAAGGAAGACGUGCAGAAGGUAGGAGCGGAGCUGAGAGGUGUUCGGGGGGAGGUCGAGCAGGGGAGGAGGAUGUUGGAGCUGGACGAACGGCUCGAGGCCCUACUUGGAAGAUUGGAAGAAGAGGCAUCUGAUGAGGACUCGGAAGACGAUGUCAGCGGUGAUGACGAGAUUCAGUCUAGAAGUCGCUCCCCUGCGUCGCUGAUGGAGAUGGCGAGGGAGCACGACGCGAUCAACAAGCUUGCAGACGCAAUCGGGAGGGAUGUGCCAUACGUCAAGAAGAUAGAAGAGAGGAUCACGCGGAGUAGGAACACACUGCUCUUGGAAAUUGGCGCAUCCAUGAAAGAGGCACGCAAGGGCGGUGAGAAGAAGCGCGACACGGUGUUAAAGCUUCUUGGGAUUUAUCGCCUACUUGGGGCACAUGCAGAAAGCGUCAAGAUAUUGAAG